AUUCAGUUUGUUAUAGAUUUGUUUCAUGUUUUCUAGAACUUUCUAAGUUUCUCUAGGUUAUCUCUAUUUGGGGAUUAUAUAUAUGUGGAAUGUUUAAGAGUAAGGGAUAUUGAAUGAAUAUUAGCUCUUUUAUGAAGCUUUAAAGCUUGUAUUCCUCUUGUUCUCUGGAUUGGGAUUAAAUCCUUCUUGCAGGUCGAUUCUUCCGAUGAUCCACUACAUCAGUUGGUAUUAGAGCCCGGAGCUUGCGAAGAACGAUGGACUGCAGAAGGUGGGUUGUCGACGACGAUCGAAGCCGAAAAAAAUGGGCGGUCGAUGAAGAUCGGUGCCGAAUAAGAUGGGCGAUCGACGAAGAUCGCCGCCGAAGGAGAUGGGCGGUCGACGAAGAUCACCGGCGAAGGAGAUGGGCGGUCGACGACGAAGAAGACGACUAUCCUCCGCUCCAACUUCCACUCCAAUGGCGAGACCCGCUGUCUCACUAUCCUCACGAAGAUGGCCACCGAAGAAGAAGGGAUGUCGAUCGUGAUCGACGCUGCGAAGCUCUUCCGGUUCAAGUGGAAGCAUCAAUUGAUCGGAUUGAUGUUUCAUUUGCCGAUUUCAAUCAUUCUUUAGAACGAGUAUGCACAUCGGUAAGCAAACUAUCUUCGGCCAUCUACUCACACUCGCUUUCAACCGAUUUCGCACUUGCCCGAUUUCCUCUGCUCCCGCAUGGCUCGCCGCACCAGCAUCCGCCAUCGUCUGCCACUAGCGCGUGACACCAGUCGCCUAAAUCGAGCCCGA